CGUACGUUGACUUCGCUCUGACGCCACGCCCACGCGCGCGGCAAAAACAAAAAUGACGUGCGCGCGGUAUUUCCCUAAAAUUUAGAUUUAAUUGUAUUAAUUUUUUGCAGAGUUUAUUGAUAGAAGCUCUAUAUUUUCAGGAAUAUACAAGCAAUAAGUAUUUGUUUUGUCCGGCAACAGUUGCUCAUUCGCAUUCUAAAGAGUAUUUUGGAUAUACAUGGUCAUGGAUUCUGCGGAGACGAGAUAUGGCCAUCUGCUGCAGCCGCUGCGGGACCUCACCAAGAACUGGGAUAUUGACUUGGCCAGCCAGCUCGGAGAGUAUCUUGAGGAGCUCGACCAGAUGACCAUUUCAUUUGAUGGUGGGAAAACCAUGAUGAACUUUGCAGAGGCUGCACUUUUAAUCCAGGGAUCAACUUGCAUCUAUGGAAGAAAGGUGGAGCUCCUUCACACUCUGGUGUUUCAAACAUUGGACUACAUCUCUAACAAAAACAAGAAGCAGAACAAACAAGGUUCUGCAUCAGACGGUAACAAUGAAGAUGCCCCUUCAGGCAAUCAAGACAAUGAUUGUGAGUUUGAUGAGAUUGAGCAGGAUGAGAAUGUCAACUCUCAGAAUAUAACGAUGAAAGUGCCAACAGAGCCAGUGAAGAUUAUCCGUCUCCCUCCUGAAUCUCUCAUUCCUGUAGAAUCACUCGAGAAACAGAAAUAUCCCCUUCUCAGUCCUAAAGGGGAGCUUCUUGGCAGCUGUAAGGAUUUUCGAAUUAAUAAUUUCACCAUGGACGAAUCCGGAUUAAUGCGUCUGGGCUCUUCCCACACUCACUUCCUCAAAGAGGUCACAGAAAUCCAGCACAACUUCUCUGUGCAUGCACCUGUGCCCUUAGACAACGAAGGUGUAGCUCAGGUUGUUGGUGGUUAUGAUGAAGAUGAUGUUGGCGCAGAGGUUCUUCCUCCACUGGAAGAUGAUGGGAUGGAGGUGGAGUCUGAAGAGAGGGUGGAAAGGCAUCAGGCCCCCAGUGAGGGGAGGAUGUUAAGACCGAGACCUGCAGUACAGCCAGUUCCAGAGGAACCCAAGCAGCUCAAGGAAAUUGUGGACCCUUGGAAAUGGCAUGAUACUUAUGCUGUGUUUGGGGAGGACAAACCCCUCAAAACAGGGAAGUGUUAUAAAGUGCCAGCAGGUCUUGAGGAGUCUGGAAAGAGGAAGAGGAAGGGUCCUUCAAAACUUCAGGACUUUGGGAGCUGGUACUCUAAAGCCUUUGAGACUGCGGAUCGCAAGCUUAAGAAUGGACCCGCUUUUCCUGACCUUAAUUACAUCUUUGUGAGUAACAUGGGUCAGCGUCUGAAAGUACAGAAGCAGAUACUCAGGAAAAGGGGUGUUUUUGUCUCUGAUGAGGAGUUAAAGAGAACUUUUUUGGAGCCAGAGAAUAUCGAGGACCGGGUCGAGGUUGUCCGGCAUCCAGACGAAGAGGGUGAGGACUUUUCAGAUGAGGAACAUGACAAUUUGGUUGAUGAUCUUGCACCUGCGGAGCACCUUGGUGAACGGGAGCAAAUUUUCCAUGACUUGCAUACGAGCCGGAUGAGUUAUGAAGACCUGGUCAAGAAGAGUGUGGACCUGUUUCUGGUAAACUCUCAGAAGUAUGCGCAGGAGACCGCGUUGUCUCGAAGAGUCAAAGAGUGGGAGGAUGGAAUCAACCCUCAUCUUGCUGCUCAGGAGACCAGUCCAGCUUUUGACAUCCAUGAGUAUGGAGACAGAAUUGUCCAAUCACUCUCUAACGUGGGAGUGAAAAAAUCUUUUGCCUUUGUCGUCAAAGGCAAAGAGAACACAGAAGCCUGCAGAUACAUGCUAGCUGCGCUACAGCUGGCUAAUGAUUACACAGUGGAGAUCGACAAGAGAGAGGGCCUCGAAGACAGCGUAGAUACUAUAGAGCUCACGCUACUGACUACACAGAGGGCUCAUGAACGUCUCAAAACCUACAAUGCACCCUCUUCUACAGAUAUUCUCUGAUCUUUUGUUUAUUGCUUAUCAUUUUUCUCCUUUUCCCCCAAACUGAAGCUAUUUAUCACUGACAGCAACAAAGAGAUAAAAUCCAAAAAUAGACUUUGUAUGCUUUUCUUUUCUUGGUCUUUUUUGCCAGGUAAUUCCUGUAUUCUGAUAUCCAGCACAUCACUUAGAUUUGGGUUUGGUCUUUAAAUAUGCUAGGAUGGAUGCGAGUCCUGAGAUGAAGGCAUAACAGGUGUUUGAGACCUGCCUUGCAUUUUAAUUCGCUAAUGUGUCAUUUUUGACUCCAAUUAUGAUAAAAGGCUGUAAAAUGGUUAAAAAGGUCAGUUUCUAUGCAUUCUCUAAUUUUAAUCUUUAAGUAAACUGCAUGCAUGUACCAUUUUUUUGUAGAAUUCUAUAACAAACAUAAAAAUAAAAAAAUGCUGCUGCACUAUUUAAAAAGU